GACCCAGUGGCCCCCCACUAAAUCUGCUCCUUUCCGCACUCACCUCAUCUUGCUCCCUAGUCUCUAUUUGCCAUCAUUUCUGUGCCAGGGUCCCCUAUUCCUGUCUUCUUGUCUUCAGACAUGGCUUCCCCUGUCCUAUGAAUGGAGUGGGGACAGAUGUAGGGAAUAAAAGCUAUGACAUAAUUCUGGAGGCUUGUCUGUUUUAAUGUAGCAAAUACAAAUAUCUCAAGACUCCAGAAUUACUUAUCCAAUCCAGUAAAACUAAAACCGAAGGAGAGCCGGGACGCCGGGAUGGCUCAGUGAGUUAGGCGUCCGACUUUGGCUCAGGUUAUACGCUCACGGUUCACGAGUUCAAGCCCCACAUUGGGCUUUGUUCUGACAGCUCAGAGCCUGGAGCCAGCCUGCUUUGGAGUCUCUCUCUGCCCCUCCCCCGCGCAUGCUCUGUCUCUCCAAAAUGAAUGAACAUUGAAAAACAAUUUUUAAUAAAAUUAAAAAAAAAAUAAAACCAAAGGAGAGCAACACCUGUAUUUUAUGUUUUACCUGGCAAGGUUCAUCUUCUUAGUUCCCUAGUAUGUUUCUACAGUGUAGCUUAUGCUUAUGCUCAAUAAAGCUGUCAAUCAAUGCAGGGAUUGAGAGCUCAAUAUACUUACAGCGUAAAAGGGGAUAAAAAGCAAUUGUGUUGUAAAACAGAAAUACAGGUGAUGCAAAGAUUAGCAAGGAUUCUGUAUCAUCACCCAUUCCUAUUUAACUGAAAUCUUGUCUACCUUCGUUUGUGUUUAGGGUUUUUUGAAAGAUGAAUGGACAUUGCAGCCCAGUUUGAGAAAGCCAUGGCAAAGUCAGUUAAGAAACUUCAAUUUAGCACUUCCAACCCUUCUGUUCCAGCAAAUUUAGCCCUCAACAGGAUCUCCUUUAAUGUUGAUGGUUCCAUCCAAUAUAAAGAAAAGCCAUAUUUCUCUGCCUCCAAAGCCCUAGAUGCUUACAUGGACGAUUUUUACUUAAGCUGUAAGCUGCCUGAUAUUAAGGAUACAAAGGUUAACCUGCAUCAGAGCCCUCUCAAGUGUCUUGCUAAACUAAACAGUGAUGAGAGCCCCUACACUAAAUCCGCCAGCCAGACAAAGCCGCCUGAUGGAGCGUUGGCUGUGAGGAGACAGAGCAUCCCAGAGGAAUUCAAGGGCUCCACCGUGGUUGAGCUGAUGAAGAAGGAAGGCACUACCCUCGGGCUGACGGUAUCGGGCGGAAUUGACAAGGAUGGCAAGCCACGCGUGUCUAACCUGCGGCAAGGGGGAAUUGCUGCCAGAAGCGAUCAGCUGGAUGUGGGUGACUACAUCAAAGCAGUGAAUGGGAUCAACCUGGCCAAGUUCCGCCAUGAUGAGAUCAUCAGCUUGCUGAAGAACGUUGGGGAAAGAGUGGUUCUUGAAGUCGAGUAUGAGCUGCCGCCAGUCUCUGUUCAAGGAUCGAGUGUUAUUUUCCGAACGGUGGAGGUCACAUUACAUAAAGAAGGCAAUACCUUUGGUUUUGUAAUCCGAGGAGGGGCACAUGACGAUAGAAAUAAAUCUCGUCCAGUUGUAAUAACGUGUGUUCGUCCCGGAGGACCUGCUGACAGAGAGGGCACCAUCAAACCUGGCGACAGGUUGCUCAGUGUGGAUGGAAUUCGGCUUCUUGGAACCACGCAUGCCGAAGCCAUGAGUAUUCUUAAACAGUGUGGACAAGAAGCAACGCUGCUGAUAGAAUAUGACGUCUCAGUGAUGGAUUCUGUGGCAACAGCGUCCGGGCCACUGCUAGUUGAAGUUGCCAAAACUCCUGGUGCCAGCCUUGGGGUUGCCCUGACUACCUCGAUGUGCUGUAACAAACAGGUCAUUGUCAUAGACAAAAUCAAAUCUGCAAGUAUUGCAGACAGAUGUGGCGCCCUUCACGUGGGAGAUCACAUCCUGUCCAUCGACGGAACCAGCAUGGAGUACUGUACAUUGGCAGAAGCCACCCAGUUCCUGGCCAACACCACUGACCAGGUCAAGCUGGAGAUUCUUCCCCAUCAUCAGACCCGCCUGGCCCUGAAGGGACCUGAGCAUGUGAAAAUUCAGAGGAGCGACAGGCAACUUGCGUGGGAUUCCUGGGCCAGCGACCACUGCAGCCUUCACACCUACCAAUACCCUAAUGCGUCCCACCCCGACCGUUGCAGAGCUCCGGCCCUGCCAGCCCCAAAGGCGCCUCCUCCCAACAGCCCUCCAGCUUUGGUGUCUUCACCCUUCUCUCCUACCUCCAUGAGUGCAUACAGCCUGAGUUCCCUGAACAUGGGGACUUUACCUCGAAGCCUCUACUCCACUAGCCCUCGCGGGACCAUGAUGAGGAGGAGACUGAAAAAGAAAGACUUCAAAAGCUCACUGUCUUUAGCCUCAAGCACAGUGGGCCUGGCUGGGCAGGUCGUUCACACAGAAACCACAGAAGUUGUGCUGACAGCCGAUCCCGUCACAGGAUUUGGGAUCCAACUGCAGGGCAGUGUGUUUGCCACGGAGACGCUCUCUUCGCCACCUCUGAUUUCCUAUAUUGAAGCUGACAGCCCAGCCGAGAGAUGUGGGGUGCUACAGAUUGGAGACAGAGUGAUAGCCAUUAAUGGGAUUCCAACUGAAGACAGCACCUUUGAGGAAGCCAACCAGCUCCUCCGAGACUCUUCAAUCACGAGCAAGGUCACACUGGAAAUCGAGUUUGAUGUUGCAGAGUCUGUCAUCCCAAGUAGUGGAACGUUUCAUGUAAAGCUCCCUAAGAAGCAUAAUGUGGAACUUGGAAUAACCAUCAGUUCACCAUCCAGCAGAAAACCAGGAGAUCCCCUUGUCAUAUCAGAUAUCAAGAAAGGCAGUGUGGCACAUAGGACUGGCACCCUGGAACUGGGGGAUAAAUUACUUGCGAUAGAUAACAUCCGGCUGGACAACUGUUCUAUGGAAGAUGCGGUUCAGAUCCUCCAGCAAUGUGAAGACUUGGUGAAGCUCAAAAUCCGCAAAGAUGAAGAUAAUUCAGAUGAGCAAGAAAGUUCCGGAGCAAUUAUUUACACUGUGGAGCUUAAGCGCUAUGGGGGGCCCCUUGGCAUCACAAUUUCAGGAACUGAAGAGCCGUUUGAUCCUAUAAUCAUUUCAAGCCUCACUAAAGGGGGAUUAGCUGAAAGAACUGGCGCAAUCCACAUAGGAGACCGAAUCCUGGCCAUCAACAGCAGCAGCUUGAAAGGGAAGCCUCUGAGUGAGGCCAUCCAUUUGCUACAGAUGGCCGGAGAGACCGUCACCUUGAAGAUUAAGAAACAGACAGAUGCCCAGGCAGCAUCAAGUCCCAAGAAAUUCCCCAUCUCUAGCCACCUGAGUGACCUGGGAGAUGUGGAGGAGGACCCCUCUCUGGCACAGAAGCCAGGCAAGCUCACUGACACGUACCCCUCCACCGUGCCCAGUGUGGACAGUGCGGUAGACUCGUGGGACGGCUCUGGAAUAGAUAGCGGCUAUGGGAAUCAAGCACAGCAGCAGUGGGAGAGAAUGAGUCCAGAGGGAGCCAAGAAGAGACCGAGGGUCUCAACAACCCCCUGUUUUCUUCCGGAACUCGACAGUUAGCUCCUCACAUGUUACCGGACACUGAAGAAGCACCAAAUGUUCACUCAGUGGUGCAGAAGCUUUCCUCCUCUCCUGCUCUCCCGGUUUCAGAGAUCUUGAGAAGUUGAAUGGCUUAGCACGUAGUAAAAGUAAUGCGCAUCUGUACUUAUUAAACCCUCAUUAUGUUUGAGAGUCUGUGUGUAUUAUUCUCAGCCCUCUUAUCAACCUGGUGAGGCACGUGCAUAUCAUUAUCCCUAUUUUACCCUGAGAAGAGUUGGCCAAGGUUACAGAUCAAGGAAGUGGUGAAGCUGGGAUUUGAACCUAGAUCUCUUUCUGAGUCCCUGUGCCAGCACAGUGUGGUCCAGACCCAGUUCUUUUGAGUCUAUGCCUAACCCAAAGAUACUUGAAUUUUAUCCCCUCUUCCUGCCCUGCUUUGUUGUAAUGCAAUAAUCUUUUAAUGCUGCUUAUUAAGACAGGGCAUCCUUGGUGUAGACAGACAUGCUUCUCAAAAGAGGCAUUUCCCCAGUAAGGAACAAUGCUGCACCUCUGCUCAAGGCCUGCCUGCAUCUGGCCCAAGUCACCAAGAACUACUUACAGACAACAUUUGGAAGGAAAAUCAGACAGUUAAUCUGUCCAGUUUAAAACCUGCUGGAAUUUGGGGCAUCUGGGUGGCUCAGUCGGUUAAGCGUGCAACUCUUGAUGUCGGUCGGCUCGGGUCAUGAGCUCACGGUUCAUGGGAUCAAGCCCCAUGUCGGGUUCUGCACUGACAGCAUGAAGCCGGCUUGGGAUUUGGCUGUUAACAGGUUUACAGCUAAUUAAGGCCAGGGAGGUGCAGGCUCCCCCUAGUUCUUUUUGUAUCACAAAAAGUGAGACUUCACAUGUUUAGGGAGUUGGUUUAUCUCGUUGGGAAGGAGAAAAUGGAUAGCCUGUCACAGGGAUCCAGGAGAAAUGCACAGAGUCACUGCCCUUCAAGAAGAGAUUCAUGUGUGUUCCCGUAAUUCACCACUUUUGACAGAAGGCAGUGCAUCCGUCACACAAAAUUUCUUCCCAAACGGCUAGCCACAUUUCUGUAGUUACCCAAGAAGAAAAUGAGAUAUUGAACUGUAAAUAUUUGCUCUGCACCGUGGACUCCUAAUGCUUGAUAUCCUAAAGCAGAAGGUUCAUAGAAGGUUCUUGCAGCCUUGGGCGUUCCCCUGCAUUCUUGAGAUCAAAUCCUUUUGAUCAGAGCGUUAUCCUUUGGGACAUCCUUCUCCCCCUGCCCUCUCCUAGUAAGGAUGGCAUUAUAGGCUCCAGCAGGUUGAGGGACAGUGAGUUAAGACGAGCAGGGAUGGCAUGCAGACAGUCAUGUGAUCCCGUCAUUUCAUUGUAUGUGAGAAUGGGGGCCUCAGCCUGUUUACUGUAGUAACUGUUUUUAAAUGCAGUCAGAAAUACGUAUUACAUUGCAACCCAGUAUAUACAUGUAAACACCUACAGAGAGAUACACGCAUGCACACACAUAGCGGGUCCCAACCUGAAAUGGUGGGUGAAGCCGUGCAUCAUGAUCACAGCACAAGCUCGAAAGUCUGAGCUGCCAACAAGCCCUUGCUCUCCUCUUUAAACCUCCCGAAAGAAUUUUGAAAAACCGCAUACCCCAUCACAAUUUAAAGUUGUCAUCUAAUGUUUUUUCUCCCCAAAUUUAAAUACUUGCAAAGACCACAACUUCCAGUCUGCCAUUAGUAUGCCUUAAAUAUAGUUUUGUCAAACUCUGGAGCCAUGGAUUUGGCUCAAAUUUAUGGAAGAGGUCCAUUGUAUAACCCAACGGCCAAAGCCAUUCCUCCCUGCCUCGCCUAUCAAGCUAAUCAGACUUAACUCCCUGUCAGAAGUGAAGUCAGUCUUCAUUUUGCAAUUCAAAUAAAAUAAUAAUGUGCCCACCUCCCAACCGACAACUGUUUUGAAUGCUAACUCUGAGACGCAGAGAGACAGGUGAAUGAGAGAGGGGGGAAAGCCUUGCCAGGAGUCCGUGCCUGGUUGAAAUAAGGCACUAUUCCCGAGAGACCUUCUCUCAGGAGCAAGGCUUUCCCAAAUUAUCCCUUGAUUUAAUGACUGGGGGUUUUUGCAGCCCAGGGCCAAUCUCCUGCAAAGGUUUGAGAUGGAUAAGACGUGUAUCUUUCAUUGGUAAAGUGGCAGAAGACCAACUGUGACGGUGGACGUGAGAAGGGAGAAUCAACAGAUCUCAGAUCUCUGGUCCUUUUCAGUAGGGUCAGUGUGGGGAAGACGUGCUUAACGGUUUGUGAGUUCGAGCCCUGCAUUCAGGCCCACUGCUGUCAGCAUAGAGCCCACUUUAGAUUCUCUGUCUCUUUCUCUCUCUCUCUCUGUCUGUC